UUUUCAUUGAAAAUUCCCAUUUCUCCUCUACCACUCUGCAUCCGAUUUUCUCGCUUUUCUCGAAUUCAACCCCCCAAAACGAUGCCUUUUUGCCGCGUCGGGCACUACCAGAACGCCGGCGAUACCGGAGGUAACAAUGGAAUCGGGAUUUACUAUAGAACCUAUGGCCACGGACCCAUAAAGGUUCUUCUCAUCAUAGGAUUGGCGGGGACCCAUGACUCUUGGGGCCCACAAAUCAGGGGGCUGACCGGAACGGAAACGCCAAAUGAUGAUGAUGAUUCUGGCGCCGAUGGGAGGGGUCCCGGUGAGGAUGGAGAUGGUGGAUGCAAUGGAGGUAUUGAAGUCUGUGCAUUUGAUAAUCGUGGAAUGGGUCAGAGCUUUGUGCCCACCAAAAAAUCAGAAUAUACAACAAAAAUUAUGGCAAAAGAUGCAAUAGCUUUAAUGGAUCAUUUGGGUUGGAGGAAAGCUCACAUUUUUGGGCAUUCAAUGGGAGCUAUGAUAGCUUGCAAAUUGGCAGCAACCGUGCCUGAUAGAGUUCUGUCUUUGGCUUUACUGAAUGUAACAGGUGGUGGUUUUGAAUGUUUUCCAAAGCUUGACCGAAAGACUCUAUCGAUCGCAAUCCGUUUCUUGAAGGCAAAAACUCCUGAGCAAAGGGCAGCUGUUGACUUAGAUACUCAUUACACAGAGGAAUAUCUUGAGGAAUUCAUUGGACCUAACACGAGAAGAGAUAUUUUGUAUCAAGAAUAUGUGAAAGGUAUAUCAUCGACUGGGAUGCAAUCCAAUCAUGGUUUUGAAGGUCAAAUUAAUGCAUGCUGGACACAUAAAAUGACAAAAGCAGAACUUGAAUUGAUCCGCACGGCUGGGUUUCUUAUAUCAGUUAUUCAUGGCAGAUAUGACAUCAUUGCUCAAAUAUGUCACGCAAGGCGACUUGCAGAGAAGCUUCAGCCUUGUGCUAAAAUGAUUGAGCUUCAUGGGGGACAUCUAGUGAGCCAUGAGAGGACUGAAGAGGUCAAUCAAGCUCUUCUUGAGUUGAUUAAUGCAUCAGAAACAAAGAUUAGCCCGCAUGAUUGGACAAAUUUGACCAAGGAAACCUCUGGGUGCCUAGUCACAUGGAUGUCACGUAGAAGAACCGAUGCCGAUGGAGGAAGCAGUCCAUGUUUCUUGUUUUCAAUUCUAGAAAAGCUUCAUCUUUGCAUAUUGUACCUGUUUGGUCUCUUCAUGUUGGCACAGGAAUAUGGAAGAAGAGCUUUGAGACGUAUAAAACCAGUUGGAGUUGGAGCUUCCGUCAAAUAAGCUGAUGUAAGAAUAAAACCCUAGUUAUUUUCUGGUAGUACAAUUCAUCUUUCUCGCCUACCCUGAUAUUUUCACUUCAUUCUGUUCAAAUACAUACUUCCAUACCAUUAUAGGGAGCUCAACAGCUUUGUGUCCCUUGACUUUGUAGGGACUAAAUUAGUUUCUGAGCCCAGAAACAUCGGCUUUCUGAUUUAAGCAAUUGACCCAUCAUACUGCCUGCUUGGCAAAGUUAUGAAGAACACGAUGAACUGAACCGACCAGAUUUUCUAUGACUAGAUUUCCAUCCAACAACAAUGGAGGGAGAUCAGAAUGGCCAGUAUGUACUAACACUGAAAGGGGAAGGUUUGCAGGAAGAGGAUGGCAGACAAAAAGCAUCCCUCUCUCCUUCACCUCGUGGUUCUAUGUACCAUGAUUCAAGAAUGGUUUUACACUAAGCUUAAAAAGAUUAUCUCACUUGUAGUUUUUUGAA